UGGCUGCGCGUGUCCCGGAAGUAAAAAGAGGACCGGUGUGUGCGUCCGGAGAGCCGGAAUCCGUCGCUAACGUUUUUUGAUGCUCAGCGGGCGGUCUAGCGGCUCGGAAAAUGGACACGUUGAAUAAGCUGAAGCAGUUUGACGCUUAUCCCAAAACUCUGGAGGAUUUCCGGGUGAAGACGUGGGGAGGAGCGACCGUGACCGUCAUCAGCGGGGUCAUCAUGCUGAUCCUGUUCGUCUCCGAGCUGCAGUACUAUCUCACCAAAGAGGUCCACCCGGAGCUCUACGUGGACACGUCGCGAGGAGACAAGCUGAAAAUCAACAUCGACGUCAUUUUCCCCCACAUGCCCUGCGCCUAUCUCAGCAUAGACGCGAUGGACGUCGCCGGCGAGCAGCAGCUGGACGUCGAGCACAAUCUGUUCAAACUGCGGCUGGACAAAGACCUGAAAGCCGUCACCCAGGAGGCGGAUAAACACGACCUCGGCAUGGCCGACGACGGAGAAGUGUUUGACCCCAGUUCACUGGACCCGAACCGAUGUGAGAGCUGCUACGGAGCCGAGACCGAAGACCUCAAAUGCUGUAACACCUGUGAUGACGUGCGUGAGGCGUACCGGCGGCGCGGCUGGGCCUUCAAGAACGCGGACACCAUCGCGCAGUGCAAGAGGGAGGGCUUCUCGCAGAAGAUGCAGGAGCAGAAGAACGAGGGCUGCCAGGUCUACGGCUUCCUGGAGGUCAACAAGGUGGCAGGAAAUUUCCACUUCGCUCCAGGAAAAAGCUUCCAGCAGUCUCACGUGCACGUGCACGCUGUGGAAAUUCACGACCUGCAGAGUUUCGGUUUAGACAACAUAAACAUGACGCAUCUGAUAAAGCACCUGUCCUUUGGGAAAGAUUACCCCGGCAUCAUUAACCCUCUGGACGAGACGGACGUCACUGCGCCACAAGCAUCCAUGAUGUACCAGUACUUUGUGAAAAUUGUUCCCACCAUCUACGUGAAGACUGACGGAGAGGUGGUAAAAACAAACCAGUUCUCCGUCACCAGACACGAGAAAGUGGCCAACGGGCUGAUCGGAGACCAGGGCCUGCCGGGCGUGUUUGUUCUGUACGAGCUGUCGCCCAUGAUGGUUAAAUUCACCGAGAAACACCGGUAGGAUCCCGCAGAGCAAACCAGUAGAGUCCAGAUUGGUUCCCGAGUGGCCGGUUUCCUUAAACAUUGAAGUCGAGUUAUAAUAGAAACAGAACUCCUUAGAAGCGAUCACUAACAUGAUGCUGUCUCUCUUU